AGCUCCAGUGCACACGCAGCUUCUACAUAAUAUAGAUCAGAUAUGAUCUUGUAGGAGGACCAAGCCCAGAACAGUGACAGCCUGGUCACUGAAGGAUGAACGGGGAGGAAGAAUUCUUUGAUGCCGUUACAGCACCUCUGUGCACCUGCCCCUGAGGUGGACCACACGUUUACUGAGUUGGCAGCAGAGAUACUUAUUCUAGAUGAUAUUCAGAUGGGGAUGUGCACGUGACCCAGCACUCGGGAGCAGAGCCUGGCGGGUCACUGCUUUGAUUCCGAUAACUCUACAGGGGAAUUUUCAGAGGCAAAUAAAAUCAGUGGGAUGAUUGAUUUGGAUACUAGCAAAAGUACUAGGAGUGGGAAAAGUGGAGAGAGACCACCACAAGAGAAUGGAAUUCAAAAGCACAGGACAGCUCUUCCUGCCCCCAUGUUCACCAGAAGUGAUUUCAGCGUGUGGAGUAUCCUGAAAAAGUGCAUUGGCUUGGAACUAUCCAAGAUCACGAUGCCAAUCGCCUUCAAUGAGCCACUGAGCUUCCUGCAGCGGAUCACGGAGUACAUGGAGCAUGUGUACCUCAUUCACAAAGCCUCAAAUCAGUCCCAGCCCCUGGAAAGGAUGCAGUCCGUAGCUGCCUUCGCGGUCUCGGCUGUGGCUUCCCAGUGGGAGAGAACUGGCAAACCCUUUAACCCGCUCUUGGGGGAGACGUAUGAAUUGAUCAGGGAAGACUUAGGGUUCAGAUUUAUAUCUGAGCAGGUCAGUCACCACCCUCCUAUUAGUGCAUUUUAUUCAGAAGGUCUCAACCAAGACUUCAUGUUCCACGGUUCCAUCUACCCAAAGCUGAAGUUCUGGGGCAAGAGUGUUGAAGCAGAGCCCCGGGGGACCAUCACACUGGAGCUUCUCAAACACAAUGAAGCCUACACCUGGACCAACCCCACCUGCUGUGUACACAAUGUCAUCCUUGGGCAGCUGUGGAUCGAACAGUACGGGAUAGUGGAGAUCCUGAAUCACAGAACUGGAGACAAGUGUAUACUUCACUUCAAGCCAUGUGGACUGUUUGGGAAGGAACUUCACAGAGUAGAAGGCUACAUUCAAGACAAAAACAGGAAGAAGCUCUUUAUAAUAUAUGGCAAGUGGACAGAAUGCUUGUGGGGCAUAGAUCCUGCUUCAUAUGAGUCAUUUAAGAAGCACGAGAAGAGAAGUGACCAUGCCAGGAAGGCCAAGACGGAUGAUGGUCCUGAGAAAGCUAACAGUGAUGUGCCUGGCAAUAUGGCGGAUGGUGUUCCUGUGGCCCAAGAGACGGUGCAAAUCAUCCCUGGAAGUAAGCUACUCUGGAGGAUCAACAGCCGCCCCCCCAACUCGGCUCAGAUGUACAACUUUACCAGCUUCACUGUGAGUCUCAAUGAGUUGGAGUCAGGCAUGGAGAAGACCCUGCCACCCACAGACUGCCGCCUCCGCCCUGACAUCCGCGGCAUGGAGAAUGGCAAUAUGGAUCUGGCCAGCCAGGAGAAGGAGCGGCUAGAGGAAAAACAGAGAGAAGCCAGAAAAGAGCGUGCCAAAGAGGAAGCAGAGUGGCGGACCAGGUGGUUCUAUCCAGGCGACAACCCUUAUACAGGAACUCCUGACUGGUUAUAUGCAGGGGAUUACUUUGAGCGUAAUUUCUCAGACUGCCCAGACAUCUACUAAGUAAGGCCUGGGAGCCCAGGAGGAGAGGAGACCUGUGAGGUUGGACUGCUCAAAUAGCAUCUGAGCUUCACGGUGGCAGACGCUAGCUUCUCCGGCCACAGUCGUGGAGACAGCCUCAGACCUGAUGGAGUACUUCAUUUAGCCUCUGAUUGCCCAGCACUUCACUAUGUUGCAGCCCUUCAUGAAGCUCCACUUGGGUCCUCACAUUCACUGAGGCCUCAGAAGAGCUCCACAGUACUUUUCACCAGUGACAGAAGUGCACAAGGCCAGCUGAGCUGGCAGCACACUGCUACAAGACAUGUAAGGAAGAAGAACCAGCAGGGCCUGUGUGCUCCUCUUAAGGCCGUGGUGUGCGUCUCUGGAAGAGUUUCACACCCAAGGAAGAGAGGACAUGGAUCUCGAAAGUAACCUGUAGGCCAGGGUCCUCUUUACUGUGGAGGGCAUCUGUGGGAUGAAGUGACAAGUUGCCAGAUUCUGUAUUUUCUACCAAUCUUGAAUAAGGUAAAGAUUACUUUAGAAAAUAUUUAAUUGAAACUACUUGAAUGAUCUGCUGAAGCGCAGCAAAUACAUAGUCACCACUGUGUACUGUCCAAACAAAAGUGUCCCUGUGACAAGCCGGAGUGGCAGGAACACUGUGACUUAGAUGAGAAACCACCAGGGCUGCUCCC